AUGCAGCUUGAGACAGGGCAAAGCUCAAUUGAAAGCGAGAAGGCAUGGAAAAAGCAGAACAGGGCUUUCGUUACUCGCCUCGACGUGUAUUUCCUCACUUGGGCUUAUCUAAGCUAUCUAUGCAAGCAAAUUGAUUCGUCAAAUUACAAGACGGCAUAUGUCAAUGGUAUGAAAGAGGAUCUUGGUUUAUACGGAAACGAGCUCAACUACUUCAACACCUUCUACAGAAUAGGCUAUAGUGUGUUCAUACCGAUAUCAGAAGCUGUGCUAGCAUCGAGUAUCAUCCGAGUGUCUUACUGGAUCCCUGGUCUCGAGUUGAUAUGGGGUAUAGCUACAGCUUUGAUAGCUGUAGCCAACGACGCCAAAACUAUCUACGGACUGCGUUUCUUGAUCGGUCUAUGUGAAGCCAGCAGCUAUGCCGGUCUUAUGUCUCUGAUCGUCUACUGGUACAAAUCCAAAGAACUCGCUAAACGACUCAGCAUAUUCGGGACCUCGUACCCGCUAGCAAAUAUAUUCACUAGUAGUCUCCAAAUAGCUAUCAAUGAGGGUAUGGAUGGUGUGCAGGGUUUGGAAGGUUGGAGAUGGCUGUUUAUUUGGAAUGGCAUCAUCACUGUCAUCAUAGCAAUUUCUGGAUUUUUCCUUAUACCCGACGCACUGCAAAGCUCACAUGCAAUAUGGAUGACGAAUAACAUGCGCGAAAUAGCUGAGGAGAGAUUCACACGCACUGGAUAUCGCAAACCGAUCAAACUCACAUUCCAACAAUUUUUCAUCUUGAUCAGGAAGGGCGUGACUAGCUGGAUAACGUACGCAUUUACACUUACAUAUGCAUUCUGGAGUUGGUCACAAGACGCAAACACGUGGUUUACAUUAUUUCUCAAGUCGGUCACGAAUAGUGACGGUAGCAAGCGUUUCACCAACAAUCAGCUCACAUCCAUACCAAUAGGCGGGUAUGUGCUUCAGAUUGUGUUUAUGAUGCUAUGGGCUUAUCUGUCAGACAAACAGCAGCGCCGCUGUCGGUAUAUUGUUAUCCAACAACUCACCAUUUUCGUCGGUACGAUCAUCCUGUCAACAUGGCCAGCUAACUUUGGACUAAAGAUGUUCGCGUACUUUUUCCUCUACCUCUCUAAUUGCGGUGGACCAUUGAUUAUUGCGUGGAUGAGUGAUUUAAUCGGCAAGCAAAACACGGAGUUGCGGACAAUAUACAUUGGUCUAGCUGUCACGCUCGUCAACGCAAUUGAUUCGUUUCAGAAUAUAUUCUUUUACCCAGCGUCUGAGGCACCGAAUUACAGGAUCGGGUACAAGGCGGGAGCUGCGUAUGCAUUUGCUUCGAUAGCUGGAGCCCUUUUGUGGAAAUAUACUAGUAUCAGGGAUCCAUCGGUGACUGGGCUCAAUGCAACAGUAGCAAUGAGGCAGAGUGACGUGAGACAAUCUGACAGCGAUGUAUCUGACAAGAGGCAUGUUUAA